AAUUAAUCACGUGACUAUUUAGUGUUCCGAGUUAGGCAACACAUUUAAAAUACAUAUAUUUCUAUAUAUAUUUCUAUAUAUAUAGUGAUCAUUUUAAAAUGAACUCUUUUAAACAAGGAGUCACUGUAAUGCUGAGAAAUAGUUUUAAAAUAUAUCCACGUAUGAAAACACCUGUUUUAUUUAAUGUAAAAUGCAAUUUUUUUGGAUCAUGCAAAUUGAUGACAGAUAGUAAGGAAAGUCAUAUUGAUGCUCAACAAUGGAGAUACUUAGACGAAAUGUGUAUCGUAAUUGAUGAAAAAGACAAGAAUAUAGGAAAAGCUUCGAAAAGAGAGUGCCAUAAAUUUGAUAAUAUAGAAAAAGGAUUACUACAUAGGGCAUUUAGUGUUAUUUUAUUUAAUUCCUCAGGAGAAUUGCUUCUUCAACAAAGAUCAGAAAAAAAGAUUACUUAUCCAGGUUACUGGACAAAUAGUUGCUGCAGUCACCCUUUAGCUACCAAGGAAGAAAUGGAGGAAAAUGAUGAAAUAGGGGUUAAAAGAGCAGCGAGGAGAAAAUUAAAUCACGAAUUAGGAAUUGCCGAGAGUCAAAUUGAUUUGAAUAAAUUUGAAUACCUCACCAAAAUUCAUUAUAAGGCUGACAACGGGCCAGAAAAUUCGAAAGAAUGGGGAGAACAUGAAAUAGAUUAUUGUCUUGUCUAUAAAGGGGAUGUAACGAUUCGAAUAAAUAGGAAUGAAGUGAAAAACAUAGAAUGGAUUACGAGAAAACGUCUUGCAGAAAUAAUUGAAGAUUCCAAUAAAAACAAAAUGCUGGUCACUCCAUGGUUUAAACUCAUGGCAAAAAUAUUCAUUAAUGAAUGGUGGGAUAAUUUAGAAGAUCUCAGUAAAUGUUAUGAUAAAGAUACUAUUCAUAAGUUUGCAUAA